UUCAAACACCAGCAUCCAGUACCGAGGAGGAACCCGAUCAUCAGCCACAAAUAGACAGAGCAGAUGUCCCACACCAUCAUCUCUGUAAGGAGGAGGAAGAGGAUCUCACCAAGCAGCAGCUCUGUAACCAGGAGAGGAACUGUGGUAUGGACCAGGAUGAACCAGAGCCUCCACAGACGAAAGAGGAACAGGAGCAGCAAUCCACCAAUCAGGAGGGAGAUCAGCUUGUUCUGAAGCAGGAGACUGAAACUUUUAUAGUGACUCCUAAUAAUGAGGACGGUGAUCACAUGGAACCAGAACCAAACAGUAACCAGCUCUUCUUUAACAACUCUCUUCUGGCAGAGCGUCAUGUUCAGGAAGCAAACAGGGAUGUUUUCUCAGGGUCUGUUAUAAAUACAGAGCAGGAGAUGGACAGCACAAACAGAAGCCACACUAACAACAAAGGGAACUCUUCCAGUUUAGGAAAUUACGGUAAAAAUUACAAAGAUAAAAAGAUUUGUGGAAAAGCCUUAAAGGAGAAGUCACCAGUGAGGAAACAUGACUCUGGCAGCACUGGUGAAAAACCCUUUUCUUGUAAUGAGUGUGGAAAAUGUUUUAGAGACAGAAAAAGUUUUAAUGUUCACAUGAAAAUCCACACGGGUGAGAAACCAUAUUCUUGUAAAAUGUGUGGGAAAUGUUUUAAGGAAAAUGGUACUUUGACUAAACACACGAGAACCCACACAGGUGAGAAGCCAUAUUCUUGUAAAACAUGUGGGAAAUGUUUCGGGCAACGUUGUACUUUGACUAGUCACAUGAGAACCCACACAGGUGAGAAGCCAUAUUCUUGUAAAAUAUGUGGGAAAUGUUUUAAGGAAAAUGGUGCUUUGACUAGUCACAUGAGAACCCACACAGAUGAGAAGCCAUAUUCUUGUAAAACAUGUGGGAAAUGUUUUAAGGAAAAUGGUACUUUGACUGUUCACAUGAGAACCCACACAGGUGAGAAGCCAUAUUCUUGUAAAACAUGUGGGAAAUGUUUCGGGAAACGUUAUGCUUUGACUAGUCACAUGAGAACCCACACAGAUGAGAAGCCAUAUUCUUGUAAAAUAUGUGGGAAAUGUUAUAAGCAGAGAGCACAAUUGACUGUUCACAUGAGAACCCACACAGGUGAGAAGCCAUAUUCUUGUAAAAUAUGUGGGAAUUGUUUCCGGCAACGUUGUACUUUGACUAUUCACAUGAGAACCCACACAGGUGAGAAGCCAUACGCUUGUAAAGUAUGUGGGAAAUGUUAUAAGCACAGAGCACAAUUGACUGUUCACAUGAGAACCCACACAGGUGAGAAGCCAUAUUCUUGUAAAACAUGUGGGAAUUGUUUCAAGGAACGUGGUACUUUGACUAUUCACAUGAGAACCCACACAGGUGAGAAGCCAUACGCUUGUAAAGUAUGUGGGAAAUGUUAUAAGCACAGAGCACAAUUGACUAUUCACAUGAGAACCCACACAGGUGAGAAGCCAUAUUCUUGUAAAACAUGUGGGAAAUGUUUCAAGGAACGUGGUACUUUGACUAUUCACAUGAGAAUUCACACUGGUGAGAAGCCAUAUUCUUGUAAAACAUGUGGGAAUUGUUUCAAGGAUUGUGGUACUUUGACUAUUCACAUGAGAACUCACACUGGUGAGAAGCCAUAUUCUUGUAAAAUAUGUCAAAAAGGUUUCAGUCGAAGUACCAGAUUAACUUGUCACAUGAGAACCCACACAGGUGAGAAGCCGUACGCUUGUAAUGUAUGUGGAAAAUGUUAUACACAGAGAGCUAAAUCUACCGCUCACAUGAGAACCCACACAGGUGAGAAGCUUUAA